GGAGUGCCCAAUUAAAAAAAUAAUGAAAGUCCCAUCUUCACACGUACAAACAUGGUUGUGAACAGUUGAACUACCCAUAUUACUUUUUGAUCUCCCCCAAGUAAACAAAAAGAAAAACCUAGGUACAACGCGUCGCCCCCACCCUAUUUCAGGUUUCGACCUCGCAUUUUUCCUUCACUUUCCUUCCUUACAAGCCCAAUAAAAACCUUGAAAAGAACCAAAACCAGACCGUACGAAACCACAAUGUUUCCAGAAAGACAAGGCGGAGGUGCACCCCAUGGAGUAAUACUAGCAGUGGUGGUAGGUAUCGUGGUGUUAGCUCCAUUCCUGUUUGGUGACCAAGGUGAAGCCAUAACUGAAGCCAUUUCCGAGCUUUUAAGUCCGGUGGGUCUUCUUCUUUUGCCCAUCAUUCUCCUUCUCACAAUCCAGUUCCUUUCCUCGGAUCGUGCCUCCUUUGUCUCCACCAUUUUCUCGUCCACUGGUGAGCCUGACACUAUCCAUCGAGUCAGUGGCUCCCCUGUUGGUGUUGCCCUCUUUCUUGUCCUCAUCUUGUUCUUGCUUUGGCAUCGUGUUUCCAUCUUUGGCGGUGGUGAUGACUCGGAGGAUUGAACUCAGAUCACAGUACCGUCGAUGAUAAAUGACAGCUUCGAUCUGGGGGGGGGGGGGGUUUCAGUUUUUGUAUGCGGUAUAGUAAGUAGACUUUGUUUAUCAUUUUGUAUAUUUUUGUGAUUUUACGUGACUACCCAAGUGAUGAAAGGGUGUAUCUACGGGGGGAUAUGAGAAAUUGAGAGCAUUGUUGUCAUUUAAAAAUGGAACUAUGAAAAUUUUAACUAAUAUUAUAGAAUCUCACUGUUUAAUUAUAUGCAUAUAGUUGUUUUUUCUCUGAAUAACUGUUAAUUAUCGGUGCAUGUGGUUGUUGUCCGGGCGGUAACACGGUGGUUGCGACGGUGCUGCAGCGAUAGCUCAGUCUAAACUCUUUUUUUGUCGUUUUAUUGAGGCUCCUUUUUGGACUGACUUUCACUCUUUCGCUUUUCUUGGUCUUGAUAUCUUUACAAAGAGGCACGUGGGCACGUGCUGCUCCUUUAUCAAAGGAUGUGACGCCAUCAUUUGCAUUUUUUUAAUGAUAUUAUACAAAUAAUUCCUUGAAUGAAUAAUUUUUUAUACAUUUAGAAUUCACCUAAGAAGACUUCAAUCCUUUUAUAAGUAUAUAUACAUGAAAUAUUUCAAUUUAGUUUUUCUUUUCAAAUUUUAUCGAAAUUAAAAGCAUAACCAAAAUACCAUAAUAAAAUAAAAUGAUAAGUCAUAAUAUAUUGAAAAUUUGAUCUUAAUUGCAUUUUUUUUAUUUGUUUAUUCCAAUUGUUGGUUCAAAUAACACCUACCAGUCCACCUCCAUCGUCCAUGGCCAGCCCUACUUGUCAGUUGUUGGCCCAGGCUUUCUUCUUUUUGCUUAGUUAAAGCA